CCCUUUGCUUCUCGCAAGAACCCUAAGCGCCGGGAGACGACGGCGCCUCGCCGCGGGAUGAGCAAUGGACGAUUUCAGUGAUUUCGAGGCCGACGGUGGAUUCAAGCGCAAGCGCCUGCUCGUAGGAGAUACUGUCGAGGUCUUGCAAGUUCUCGAGACAUUGCGAGGUGCUUGGGUCCCGGCCGAGGUGGUACAAGUGAGGCCAGGACGCCGUGUUGUGAGGUACGAGGACAAUGCCGAAGACUUAGAGUCCAUUCCAAUCUCCGAGUGCAUAGAUGGCGAAGACGUGGUGCCACCCCACAAGCGAGUCCGCUUGCGUAUCAGGCCAGUGCCGCAGGCCCUCUCUUCCACCAUCUCGCUGUGGAAGAAGGGGACUUAUGUGGAUGCGUUCCACAGGGAGGCAUGGUGGGAGGCAAUUCUUCUGCAAGACACGUCCGGCCACGACUCAACGGUGCUCACCAGAGUUUUCUCUCCGCCGGAAGGGUUUGAGCUCCAGGUGCCGCUGGGAAGGCUCAGGAUCUCGCAAGAGUGGGACGAGUGGACAAACUCUUGGUAUGUCCGGGGUCAGAUGGAUCACAGGCUUGAGAAGUGCACGGUGGUGAGGAAGGAGGCCGAUCUCGAGGAGAAUGUUUCGGUUGCUUCGAAGAGGAAAAUGUUGCUUGCUACUGGCUCCAUCCAGGCUGCCGACACGCCGCCCAAGCAUCCCGUGGUUGUGGAGUCACACCUCGUCCAAGCGAUGCCGAUGCCGAUCCCGAUCCCGAUCCAGAGGAAGAAGUUUACCAUGGCUCCAAGGAUAAGUUGCCGCUCAAAGUCCACCUCCGAUGAUGAGGAGGAUUUUUCGGAGGAAAGCGAAGGCAGCAGGGACAGUGAUGCUGUUACCCCGGUGUCUCGGAGCAGGAACGCAUCGAAAGCUUCAACGGACAGCAUAAAAGGCAUUCUGAUGAACUCGGGAUGGGUGCUCAACUCCAAACUUCGUCCCGGGACGCAGAGGAAGGAUACGUUCUAUCUGUCGCCGGAGGGCAAGUGUUACAGAACACUCCCUGCGGCAUGCAAGGAAUGGAGUCGGACGCAUCCCCUGUGCAAAAGGACUUCGCAGCUCGAGCUCCUGAUGCACGACAAGGCGAAGAAGUGUUCUGACAGCUUUGAAUUGCCUGUGGAUGACAACGGCAAGCCAAAGAAAAGAAAGGUGACGCUGGACACACCAGACAGCGUGAAGAGGAGAAAGCACGAGCUGAUGGGUGCGUCCGAAAAUCUGAGACCAAAUAGCGUAUCGAAAAUGAAGGACAAGAACCUCCGUGCCCGGAUGGAGAUUGUUCUUCACGACGUGACCAAGUACGAGGCGAAACGAACUAUCUUAUCCUGGUUAUUAGAGACGAAGAUGCUUCACGAGUUUCAGAAGGUUUCGUAUGUGGACAAGAAGACUAGACAAGUCCUGCUGGAGGGGAUUGUGAGGUUCGAAGGCAUCGUCUGCUCUUGCUGCAAGAAGCUGUGGAGCCUUUCCGGUUUUGAAGCUCAUUCUGGGACUAGUCAGCGACGAGCUUGUGCGAGCAUCUUCAAUAACAAAGGGGAGUCACUUUUGGAUCUACAGGUGCAGGCAUGGGAAUUGCUGGACUCAAAAGUAAACCCGAAGGAAAACGUCAAGGCAGCUCCUUCUGAUGAGAACGAUGAUGCCUGUGGCGUCUGUGGCGAUGGAGGACGGCUUAUUUGCUGCGAUCAUUGUCCAUCCACUUAUCAUUUAAGCUGCUUGCUGCUUAAGGAACUCCCUGAAGGCGAAUGGUUCUGUCCUAGUUGUCGGUGUGCGAUAUGUGGAGGCAGCGAGUACAACGCAGAUGGAAGUUCUUUCAACGAAAUGACCGUUCUUCUCUGUGAUCAAUGUGAACGUGAAUACCAUGUUUCUUGCUUAUAUUCAAGAGGCAUGGCAAAAAUGACCAGCUGCCCGGAUGAUUCUUGGUUUUGUGGGGAUCACUGUGACAAGAUCUUUCAAGGACUUCGUAAGCUUGUGGGCAUUUCCAACAACAUUGGAGAAGGACUCUCCUGGACGCUGCUGCGGUCCGGUGAAGACGAUCUACCGUCAGCCAAUAGCAUGAACCGGGAGCAAAUGGCUGAACACCGAAGUAAGCUUGCUGUUGCACUUGGCGUCAUGCAAGAAUGUUUUUUGCCCAUGGUGGAUCCUCGGACAAAGAUUGACCUUGUCACUCACAUACUUUACAACCGGGGCAAGGCCGAGGUUAAUCGCUUAAAUUUUCGAGGAUUUUACACUGUUGUCUUGGAAAAAGACGACGAAGUUAUUUCCGUCGCUUCAAUUCGGAUACAUGGAGGACUCCUCGCAGAAAUGCCCCUCAUCGGAACAAGAUUUCAUCAUCGAAGGCAAGGCAUGUGUCGUCGCUUGGUGCGGGCAAUCGAGGGGCUCCUACAAAGGCUGGGAAUCCGAAGUUUCGUGCUACCGGCUGUACCAGAGCUUCUUCACACUUGGAAAAACGCCUUUGGAUUCCAGGAGAUGGCCCCAACCCAAAGGCUUGAGCUUGUGAAGCUGAGUGUUGUAUCCUUUCCCGGGGUGACUUUGUUGCAAAAGCCACUACAGUCCUCAGAGCUUCCCGAUAUCGAUGUGGACUGGCUCACGCAAGGAGAAUUCGAUCCUGUUGAUACUUCUUAUCUAAAACCGGAGCAAGAUAAACUUUUGGCUGUUACUGUAUGUAAAGAAUCUAUGGCAUGCACUUCAGUCGCGGACGAUCCUGCUCCUCUAGCAGUGCUUCCUCGCAAGCUUGUCAUUGGCGGGGAUGCUUCUCUGAUCGCGGGCCUCCAGACGGUGGACAGCGGCGUUACAUUGUUGUCCAGCUUUGUCAAGAACUUUGGCAAGGAUAGCUUUGGAGCAAAAUUGCCUGUCAAGCUGAAUGAUUCUGUAGGAGAUAAGAAGAGUUCACUCCAGCUGACGCUCUCAUCGAAGGAUUGUGUUUAUGUGCCGCUGGAUGAGCCGCCGCAAGCAUUGUGGACGUGGGAAGAGCCUGUGGACACUCGCAUUUUUUGAUAGACAAUCAGAGCGAAAAAAAAAUUCUCUCCAGUUGUGGUGAUGCCCGAAAGCUGGGAAACUAACGAGCAAAGCUUGAGAUUGAGAAAAUCCGCAGGUGGUAGCUUUGGAAACUUCCCUGUACAAAACCAUUCAAAAUUCUUACAAUGUGGACCCAUCGCAUUAAUUUAUUGGGUUCCAAUCUUA